CUGGGAAACAAUCAUAUCACACUUUAAUCAAAACAUCCACAAUGGAUAGUUUACUGGCGCCAAUUCAAGAUGCUCUGGAGGGUCAAAUCGACUUCCAGGGCCAGCGUAUUGCAGAGCUUCUUAGUACGGUGCUUCUUGUUCUGUCGGGUGCCGUUGCUUUCAUUGUUGGAUACAUCUUCCAGGAUAUCCAUCUAACACUCUGGGUCGGAUUGGCCGGCACGUUAAUAACUGGGUUGGCCGUGAUUCCGCCUUGGCCUAUGUACAAUAAGAAUCCCGAGAAAUGGCUUGUUCCCUUGACGACGGGCGUGGGAGGUGGUGCAGGUAUUGUGGUAGAUGGAGUUAAGGUUGCGUGAGACAAGGAGUCGCGGACUUUGGACAUGUCUAUUUAAUAUCCUGAAUCAAUCACAACUUGUCCGCUUGCGUGUGCACAAACAACAAAA